AUGAAUAAAUCAAUAAGUCAUGAUAUAUUCAUCAAUAGCUAUCCAAUAUCUACAAAUAAUAAAAUUUCAGGUGUUGAUAUAAAAUUAGAAUCACAAAAUCCAAUUAUAUUUACAAAACCACCAUUUCCUCCAAUGAUGAAUGUUGAUAAAAUAAUAUCUAAAAAAAAUAAUAAAAAUAAAAAUUCUACAAAAACACAUAAUGCAUUCAUCAUAUAUCGUAAUGCAUACAUUGAUCAUAUCCAUUUACACGGAAUAAGAUUAAACAUGAUUGAUAUAUCACCGAUUGUUUCAAUGCUAUGGAAUCAAGAACCGUUCUAUAUAAAAGAAGUAUAUAAAAAACUUGAAAAAGAAAAUGAUAAUAAUUUGUCUAAAUUAGCAUAUCAUGAAAUUAUGAGUAAUUGGCAUAAAGAAUUAUCAAGUUAUGAAAUUAAUCCAUAUCAAUAUUAUGAAGAUAGUAUGAAAGUUCCUUAUUUCAAUACACAUUUAGUUUAA